AAACUCGUGGUUUGGAUGUUUAGCGGGCUCCAAAACAAACUCGGUUGCUAGUUUCUUUUUUUAUGUCUGUCUAAUGCCUGAAAGGAACACGUCUACUACGUGUAACAAGUUUUGACUGGGAUAUUUCGUUUCAAAUCCCGGCUUGUUGCCACAAAACACUUUAGCUUCCGGUUUGUUAUUGGACAGUUACACUUUCUGUAAGUUUGUUUAUACUAACAGUUAGCGGCUAACAGUUAGCUGGCUGUUUUUUACUGUUCUGUGUUGAUCCACAGUCAGCUGUAUAAAAAUCUGGAUACAAAAACACUGUUUUAAUAGUCAUCUACACCCUUAAAUCAUCCGCGAGUUUAUUCUGUAACCAUAGAAGACUCGAAGUUCCCAGGCUAAUUUGGCUAACACAGGCUAGCUGAGCUAAGUCAGUGCAGUAGUAAUGGCGGAGAGACCAGAGGACCUGAACUUGCCCAACGCUGUCAUCACCCGCAUUAUCAAGGAGGCUUUACCAGAUGGUGUCAAUGUGUCCAAAGAGGCAAGAAGAGCGAUAUCUCAAGCUGCCAGCGUAUUUGUUUUAUAUGCAACAUCAUGUGCCAACAGUUUUGCCAUGAAAGCCAAAAGGAAGACUCUAAAUGCUGGGGAUGUGAUGUCCGCUAUGGAGGAGAUGGAGUUUGAGCGUUUCUUGCCACCCCUGCGUGAGGCUCUUGAGGCCUACAAAAAGGGCCAGAAGGGGAAAAAAGAGGCGUCUGAGCAGAAACGUAAGGACAAAGAGAAGAAGAACGGCACAGAGGAAAAUGACAAGAGCAGAGAGGAAGAGGAAGAGGAAGAAGAGCACAUGGAGGAUGAGCAGGAUGGAGAGAAUGAGGGAGAUGAGGAGGAUGUGGAGAACUGAGGGAGGGGUGGCAGAAUUACAGCACUAUUUUUUUUUUUAACUGUUCCUGGUUCCCAAAGACUGCCCAGUUGUGUGUCCGUUUUGCAGGAGAGGAAAAAAAAACCAGCACUUGAUCUUGAUGACAAAUAAAAUUAGGCACAUAGGAUUUAACAAUACUCAAAUGAUGGCUUUGUUCCCAUCUCUGUCCUAUUUAUAAGUGUAUAUGGUGCAAGUUCAUGUUGUGCUUGUCUUCUCUGUAGAAUGCUUGCUAUCCUCACCUACAUGAGUAAGUUUAGAAAUUAAAGUUGGCUAUAUGAGCAUGACUGUAGCUUGAACAGGCCGAGUCUGUUCGUAUGUGCAGAUAAGUUGGAUACUCGUUUUUUGUGUAAAAAAAAGGUGAGUCGUCUUUUGGUGCUUCAUCUUGAAAUAAGUUGUACGGAAAAGUCUGGCAGCACAUCGAAAAAUUCAGGGAAUGUGGAAAAUGCAUUGUUGAAACAGACAUGGAUGUUUUCAAAAGUUUCCUCACAUCUGUGUCAGGACUCUGCUGGCCUUGAUAAAUGUUUUAAUACUUUCUAAUAAAUUUGUACUUUUGUAGGACUUA